CUUAUCUAGGUUCAUUUCUUGCGAAACGUUAAGAGAGAAACAAUUAAGUCUUCUCAAAAGAGUUACGUCGAGAAGAAACGUACACCCGAAGAACAAAGAACAAUGAUGUUCAAGAAGGUUUUGCUGUUGGUGUUGGUGUCCUCUGUCUUGCUGGUUUCCACUCGGGCAUGGAAAGACAUGAAGGACAGACUGAAGGGGAGAGUCAUUCAUUUUGAAUCACGAGAAGAGCCUGGGAGAUGGUUAUGGCAGAAUGAUAAUAGUGAUACCCGAGGUGCAAAAUACAUGUUUGCUGAUCGAUUGCCAGAGAGAGAUAUAUACUACAAACCACGCGUGCAAUGGCAGGUGAAAGUCUGUGGUGGUAAUUAUCUGUGCCUGACACCACUUUCUCUCACUCAAUAUCCCCACUAUCUGACUGCUGGACAUCCACCAAGUUCUGACAAGUUUACUGCCAAGUUGGAAAGGGUCGAUUCAUCCCUUCUAUUAGAUGAUAAUAAGAGAUAUCAUUGGAGAAUUUUCUGCGAGGAUGACUCUUUGUUCAAAUGUAAAGCGGUUCCAGAACUUUUCGAGGGUUACGUUUUGAGAAAAGAGCCGACCAUGAGCAAUGGACAUAGUCAUGUAUCCUUGGCAAAGGAAGGACCCACCUCAGGACUAUGGAAAAUUCAUGCUGCAAUACCAACUGAUGCCUACGUCCAAAUCUUCCAAACUACAAAUAAAGGAAGUACUGAACAAGCUGCAGAGUACAAGACAACUGUUGGAAUAUCAAAGUCAGAAUCGUCUUCUCACACAAUCACUCACUCCGUAUCGUUUGAGAUAUCGUCCUCUUUUAAAGCUGUUGAUUUUUCUGCUUCUACUUCACUCGAAAACUCUUGGGAGAACACGAAAUCUUCGACUUUUGAAACAGCUAAGGAGGUUACCCAUUCCUUAAAAAUCCCCCCCAAAACAAAGAUCACUUUGUACCAGCUGAUUGGGAACUACGCUGGGAAAUUUAAUAUAGGAGCUGAUAACUAUGCCAUCGAAGAAGAAAAAUUAGAAGGUGCAAAGCGUAAGCGAUACUACAAGAUGCGCUUCGACGGGGAGCCAUUACAAGGCGCCAUGCGUAAGCAAUACUUCAAGAAGCGCUUUAAAGAAUAUUUCCAAAGAAAAUAAGACGUCGGCGUUGCGUCAUCUGAUCUUGAUUUUUUCAGCACUGGUAAUCUUGCACAUUAUCCUUGUAAUUUUUGAAAGCGUAGGCCAUUUUUUUGUGUAACUGUGAAAAAGUACAGCAUAGUGCUGUGGUGUCAAGACUGUGAUGGUACUGUGUAUCAGCAUUCUGAUUGGACGAGCAGUCAUCUGGUUGGUGUGUAAAAUGUUCUCAUUUCCAUGACAGUACAUGCAGUGAUUUUUUCACAGUCAUACGAAAUCUGUUUUAGUGUAGUAGUAAAUUAUAAAGGGCUAUAGAGUGAUUUUACUUGGCCCGUGAAACGAUCGAAGUUGUAGUAGUCACUGACAGUCCAAGUAAAACGAAAGAAAACAAUGCCUUGGAA